AUGAGUGCCUCAGGGAGUAUAGUCCUUUUUGUGAUUGCCAUGAUUGUGGAGAUCACAGGGGACAUCGCCUCAGUACUUCCCAUCGCAUUCGGCGCCAUCACGGGACGCUUUGUAGUCCGUUCAUUCAUCGGUCAUGGCCUUUACCAUGACCUCAUGCAAAUCACGAAGCUCCCGUUCCUGACGAGGGAGUGUCCUUUGCACCCGGGAGUGCGGAAAGCACCGGUCUCCGUGCUGCUGCAGGACGGUGAAAUUGAAGCGCCACGACUCAGACUUUUGCGUCAGGACGCAAAUCGCGACGACGUGCAGGAGCUGCUGGAGAGCUGCAGCCACAAUGGCUUCCCCAUCGUGUCUGAGAGCGGUCAGCUUGUUGGCCUUAUCCGACGGAGCGAACUGGAGAGCUGGUUCUCAGAACACCGAGCUGAGGCCCUUUACACCCGAGCAGACCCGGCCCCCUACACUGUGCACAGAGACUUCCCGGUAGACCGUGCAUAUUUGCUGUUUCGCGAACUGGGCUUGCGGCAACUGCUUGUUGUUGACUAUUCUGGCAAGCCGGAAGGGGUGCUUACGCGCAGCUCCUUCCUUCCAGCAUGA